GCCCAGAACCCCGGUCCCGUGAUGACGUAAUUUGCAUGUCAAGAUGGCGUCGGCGGAAGCAGAGGACGGUCAGCUGAGCCCGAGAGCCAGCCUCAACCACGGGAAGCCUCUUCACCCGGGCACGGCCAAUCGGCCUGCAGUCCAGGCUUAUGCAGACGAAGCCAUUCUGAUAGACGAAGAAGUUGACUGUGCGUACACCGUGGCUGACAAGCACCCUCUGCCCACCGUGGUGGUGGAGGACAUGUCUGGGGAAAUGGAGCUGCUUCCCAUGAAAUCCGCCAUGUCCAGCCGCCGCCCGCGCUCCCCCUCCACAUACGUCCCUGACGUGGACGACACCGGCUCUUUCCCCCCUCCCAGCGGCAAGCGGAGGAUGUCCCGGGAUGUAACACCGCGGCGAAAGCAAAUCAGCUUCAUGGACGAGCGCCGUGGGAAGACACCGCCCAAACGGUCAUCGCGGGGACGCAGGUCUGUGUCGCAGUCUUCGACAGAUAGCUACAGUUCAGCGUCGUAUUCCGGGAGCUCGUCCGAUGAAGAUGACGUCUCUCCAAGGGAAAAGCACCAGGAUGCCACAUCGGCACAGGUACACACCAAUGGUGCUUCAGCAAAUAAAGGAAGGGCUAAAACACAGACCAACUCCAAAGGGUUUUCUGACUUCUGUGUCAAGAACAUCAGGCAGGCUGCCUUUGGCCGCAGGGAGAUCGAGAUCGCUGAACAAGAGAUGCCGGGUCUGAUGGCUCUCCGGAAGCGAGCGUCAGGAGACACGCCCCUGAAGGGAGCCAAGAUCGCCGGCUGCACACAUCUCACUGCACAAGCUGCUGUACUAAUAGAGACCCUGGUGGCCUGUGGUGCCAGUGUGCGAUGGUGUGCCUGUAACAUCUACUCCACACAGAAUGAGGUUGCCGCUGCUCUGGCUGAAGCAGGUUAUCCCAUCUUUGCCUGGAGGGGUGAGACUGAGGAUGACUUCUGGUGGUGUAUAGAGAAGAGCAUCAGCUCCGAGGGCUGGCAGCCAAACAUGAUUCUGGAUGAUGGUGGGGACCUGACCCAUGUCAUGUACAAGAAGCACCCUCACAUGUUCGGCAUGAUCAAGGGCAUCGUGGAGGAGAGCGUCACCGGUGUUCACAGAUUGUACCAGCUCUCCAAGUCAGGAACUCUGACAGUCCCUGCCAUGAACGUGAAUGACUCAGUCACAAAGCAAAAGUUUGAUAACUUAUACAGCUGUCGCGAGUCAGUAUUGGAUGCGUUGAAACGCACCACGGACAUCAUGUUUGGUGGCAAACAUGUGGUGGUCUGUGGCUAUGGGGAGGUUGGGAAAGGCUGCUGCUCUGCACUUCGUGGCCUGGGUGCUAUUGUCUGUGUGACGGAGAUCGACCCCAUCUGUGCCCUGCAGGCCAGCAUGGAAGGCUUCAAGGUGGUGACACUGAAUGAGGUCAUCCGUCAGGUCGAUGUUGUCAUCACAGCAUCGGGUAAUAAGAACGUGGUGACCCGGGAUCACUUGGACCGCAUGAAGACUGGCUGUGUGGUGUGCAACAUGGGGCACUCCAACACUGAGAUUGAUGUGGACAGCCUGCGCACCCCCGAGCUGACGUGGGAGAAGGUACGGUCCCAAGUGGACCAUGUCCUCUGGCCUGAUGGCAAGAGGAUCAUCUUGUUGGCUGAGGGCCGUCUGGUGAACUUGAGCUGCUCCAGUGUGCCCUCCUUUGUGGUGUCCAUCACCGCUGCCACCCAGGCCCUGGCCUUGAUAGAACUCUUCAACGCUCCCGCCGGGCGCUACAAACAAGAUGUCUACCUCCUGCCCAAGAAGAUGGAUGAGUAUGUGGCAAGCCUCCACCUGCCAGCCUUCGACGCCCACCUGACAGAGCUGAGUGAUGAGCAGGCCAGGUACCUGGGCAUCGGGAAGGCCGGGCCCUUCAAACCCAACUACUACAGGUAUUGAGGCAUCAGAGAUGAGGAGGGAAGGGCAGAUGCCAUGACAGCUGUCUGUCACAGGAUUUACCCGACAGUCCCAACUCCAAUCGCUGCUAACAGGACCUGUCGGACUGUGGGCUCACACCAAAGGCAGCCGAGAUAUCCUCCUCAGAUACACCGUUUAGGGCUUUACAGUAUUCCCCCUUAUAAAAGCACACAUGACAGGGAACAUGAUUUGUAUUACCACGGAUAGAAUAAACAAGAUUCCCACACAAUCAAAAUUUCGUGUAGUCAACAAAGGAGCUGAAAAAUUGUCAAGUAAAUCUAGAUAGAUAUAAUGUGCAUUUAUAGGGAAAUACAGUACUCUAGCCUUGACUGUACGAUCAGCUUGUGUGCCAAGAUGAGAUGUAUCAUUACUGACAUUAGCAGGUGUUUGCUUUGAGCAAGAAUGGCACAGGAACAAAUUUCAUGCAAGUUAACAUAAUACUGCAAGCUGUAGCUUACUGCUAUGUACUACCUCUAUGGCCGGCGCUGCCUACUGACUGGAGUGAGAACCACCAGGCAUAAUGGUUUCAGAGACUGUCAGUGAUCAGAUGGUCUUCAAGUGUAGUUCACAUGAACUGCUUCUACAAAGCUGGUCUAUCUCAGAGUCUGUAAGAUUGUAACAAUUGGUGUCCGAAAUUUCAGGUUGACUUUUGAAUAACAAGGAUCUCUGGUGACUUGUAUCACAAUUCCACAACAACGUGAUGACAUACUGCAUGCACACAUGCAGCUCUCAUACAAGCAUUUUUUCAUAGCCUGAAGAAAGUUCUUAAGAAGAUAUUGCAGUUUUCUGAAAGCUAGUCUGCAAUCACAACUACAAUCUUAAAGUGAUGAAAGCCUAGACACAUACAUGUAUAGCCAUGGAAAUGUGAAACAUGUGCUCCAGAUUUUCCUGCGGAAUCAGAUACAUUAUGCCAGGUUGUUUUCAGUCGUCUCUCACAGCAAACAACUUUCCAUCUUAACAAAAAAGCAGGUUGAGAGGCAAUCGCAGCACAGACAACUUGCUUUUUGUCCUCCUGCAGAGAAAGUAAUUCUAUUUUAUAGUAGUAGUAACUAGCCACAGACGUGUAUAUUUAGAGUCAAGUUAAAAUGUGACCGUAAGUGGUGGAUCUAGACAGAUAAUUAUGGUACGCACCAAAAUUCUACAUUAAGUUAGUUUGCGAUUGGGGUGACACAAUUGUUUUAGUAACUGAUGAAGGAAAAUCAGAGGUAAACCACUAUAAAAUCAUCAAUGCUUACUUGAGAGAAGGAAGAACUAACUUGUUAGGUCUGUAUUCCAGACAGGGUAGAUGGUAAGAAUGCAGAUGAAAUGUUCUUAAUUAAGUACUCUCUUGUCUUAGAUAUGUGCACAUUUAAGAUGCAAAAUCUCACCUUACCACUUAGUAGAGAAAAGUAGUGUAUAAUUCUUGUGAUAUGUUUGAACUUUGAAGACCUUGCUUGAGAUUCUUUAAGGUUUGCAGAUAAGUGUGGAUAUAUCCAGUGUGAUAGUAAGUAUACUGCACUGCAUAUCACUCGUUUCUUUCUCCCAGCUCUGUUUCAUUGUUAUAUUUAACAAUCGAUCCAACAAAUGCACCGUGAAACGUCAGUCUGAAUUACACACUCUAUGGCUUAUAUUCAUAGUAACUUUGUCUUACUUCAUUCCAACAUAACAUGCAGACAAAGCCAUAGAUAUCUGGCUAAUAUUUAGAACUGAACAAUGGAAUCUACAUGAAGUUUUAGUAACAUGUAUGAAGAUACAAAAUUAAAAAUCAAGAAUGAAAUUCAGGUGUUGCAUUUCUGACUAUGAAUUGACAUUUGUGGUUGAUUGUAUAAGCUAA